AUGACAGCGUCUCGGCAUCUCGACGACGAAGAACAUGUUCUCCCCGACGAGCAAACGCCGCUCCUCGGCAGCGGAGCCGAGCACGGCGAUGGCUCGGCCGCUGUCACCCACCGAGUGACCCCCCGAAUUACACGCCGACUCUACCUGUCGCACUUUCUGUCCACCUGGAACUCGCGCAUGUUCGAGUUUGGCGCCGUACUGUACCUCGCAACCAUCUUCCCGGGGACUCUGCUGCCCAUGUCGCUCUACGCGCUCACCCGAGGCCUCUCGGCGCUGCUGUUCGCGUCGACGGUCGGGCACUACAUCGACAACAACGACCGUUUAAAGGUUGUUCGCGCGUCCAUAGUGUUUCAACGACUUGCCGUGUCGGCUUCCUGCGUGAUUCUUUAUAUCCUCUUGCGAGGACUGCCCCUUGGCGAAUAUGGCCGGCCGGGCCUUCUGGCCCUCCUCUCCCUCUUGGCUUGUGGUGAAAAGCUGUACUCCAUCAUCAACAUGGUCUCGGUCGAAAAGGACUGGGUUGUCGUCCUCGCAAAGGGGGACACAGAGGUCCUCGCCAACCUCAACGCACAAAUGCGCCGAAUCGAUCUUCUCUGCAAGCUCUUGGCGCCCCUAUUCAUUGCUAUUGUCGACGGGUUCUCGACGGAAAUCGCCAUCAUCGUCAACUUCGCCAUGAACAUGGCGUCGGUCGUGGUGGAAUACUACGCCAUCGCGAGGAUAUACGACGAAGUCCCCAGCCUGCAAGAGCAAAAGGGCAAACCGGACACCGAGCUCCCUUCGACUACAGAGGAUGCGCCGUCAUCCGCGCGACCCGGGCGGAAUGUGUGGCGGCUGUUCAGAAAAUCGGCAUCAGACUUUGGCUUCUACUUCGGCCACCGCGCGUUCCUACCAUCCUUUGCGGGAUCGCUGCUCUAUCUCACGGUCCUCAGCUUCGGCGGCCAGAUGGUGACGUACCUCGUCGCGUCCGGCUACACCACGACGUACAUCGGCAUUGCGAGAACCAUCAGCGUCGUGUUCGAGGUGCUGGCGACGUGGGUGGCACCCUGGCUCAUCGCGCGGAUCGGGCCGGUGAGAGCAGGUCUAUGGCUGAGCAACUGCCAGGUCAUGCCGCUCAUCGCUGGUCUGGUCGUCUUCUGGGUUUUCGUGCCGAACCCCCUGGUCUCGGCGACCGGUCUCGUUGCCGGAACCAUUGUCAGUCGUCUCGGACUCCGAGGAUUCGACUUGUGCACGCAGAUAAUUGUUCAGGAGGAAGUCGAAGCGGAAAGCCGUGGUCGCUUCUCUACCGUCGAGGCGGCCUGGCAAAACGCGUUCGAGCUCCUCUCGUACCUCUCAACCAUUGUCUUCUUCCGACCGGCACAGUUCAACUGGCCUGCUUUGCUCUCUGUGCUCGCCGUCACUUCGGCAAGCCUUGCGUAUACAACGUACGUAGGCCGGAAAAGGGGGCAUCUGAUUCACUUCGAAAAACUUGGUUUCUAA